UGGUUGAGAUGGAUGAAUUCGUUGAAAAACAUGGACCAAACUGAGACUUCUAUUGUUUCUGUGGAUUAAAUUAGUUUUUUUUUAGAAAAUAUUAAAUCUGAUAUGCCAUGUGGGACUUAAUGAGGGUAAUGAAUUUCCAAUUUAUAUGUAUCAGUAGAGUAAUAUAUUUCUAUGUUGUUUCAAAAGGCUAAGAUGGUUUAUACAUGUACAAAGAAGAUUUGAGGAAGGCGUUGGUGAGGAUCGCAUUGAGUUCUGUGAAGAGGGGGUAGAGGAAGGCUAAAUAAAACACUCAAUGAAGUUGCUGAACAAGACCUUUUAAUUAACAAUAUAUCCAACAGUUUGGUUAUUGAUAGAAUAUAAUGGUAUUGUUAUCUAGGUAGUGAACUUCACCUAAUAGAAUAAGGCUUCUUGUUGUCCUUGUUGCAACCUUGCAUAUGAGUAAAUCUUAGACCAUGUCUUUUACAAGUAUUCCAUCAGGUUUCCACUUAUUAUGAAGGAAUGGAGGCAAGCACAUUUUUCUAGCUUCAUAAUGAAAAUUAGACAUGCUUUAUUAUCAUGUGGGAUUUUGCAUGAUAUUUUCUUCUCUAGUAUUUUUCUGCUUGUUGCUGUAACUGAAUUGGGAUUAUCUUACAAUUACAAUUGGUUGAUCAGAUAUUGUUAAAAAUGUUAUAUGCAGUUGCUAUUUGUUGGGUAAUUGAAUCCUUAGGUUUCAUUGCCCAUUACUCAUGAAGUUACCUACAAAUUUUCUUUUACUUUUAUUUAAGAAGAAAACUCAUAUAAUCACUUUUUCAUCUGAUCUGAUGAGUAGAUAUGUCAAUAACUUCACCCUUUCCUGGCUUAGGUCAAGCAAUUUGUAGUUGUGAGAAAAGUUUUCCUCACUGCUUCAUAUCCCUUUCUCUUGGAUGCUAUACACUUUUGAGUUUCCUGGACUGGCUCCGGUGUAAAGAUCAUCUUAAAGAGGCCCUUUGGUCAUGCUACCCUGAAGAAGGAUCCCUGUCCCCAGAAGGGAAAGAAGUUAUCUUUAGUUGCAUUGACCUCAAGAUAACUUUUUGGUCCUUGAGUCUCUAGGACCAAGUUUCAUAUUGUUGUUCCAUAUAGGAAGAAAUGGGAAAAAUAGCUCUUGCAGUAAUUGUGAGCUUGUGGGUUAUUCCUAUCACCAUACUCGUCAAUCACAUUGUUCCUGAGCCAUAUAUGGAUGAGAUAUUUCAUAUACCACAGGUUCAGAAAUACUGCAAGGGAUUUGGAAGUUGGGAUCCUAUGAUUACUACACCUCCUGGCCUGUACUGUCUUUCACUUGCCCAUGUUGCUUCUUUGUUUCCAGGCUUUUACACAGUGCAAGCUGCUUCAACAUUUGCUGAUUUGUGCUCCACUUCAAUUCUUCGAUCAUUCAAUAGUGUCUUAGCAGUUGCAUGCAGCAUAAUUAUUUAUGACAUAAAUACUCACUUGAAGCCAACACUUGAUGAUAAACAGGCGGUGCUUCAAGCAGUGGUUCUAUCCUUGUAUCCCCUCCACUGGUUCUUCACUUUUCUCUAUUAUACAGAUGUUGCAUCUGUAUCGGCAGUGCUGGCUAUGUAUCUUGCAUGCUUGAAAAAGAAUUACUGGCUUAGCGCAUUGAUUGGAGCCUUCUCAGUGGUUAUUCCAACAAAUAUUAUAUGGGUACUUUUUGUCGCAUGUACUCAGAUCAUAGACAUUGCUAUGACACACGGAAAGAAAAAUGCAAUAACAGCAGAGUCGGAUCUGUCUAUAACUAAACCCGGGUUGGCAUGUGAUAGCAGCACUAGUACAGUGGGUUUAAAUCUGAGAAAGCGAAAGGGCGUUAAAGCAACAGACACUGUCAAGAGUUAUAUGCCCAACGCACCUGCAUCUUCUCCUGCCCCUUCAGGCCUGCUUGAGGAUAUUUGGGCAAUCCUUUUAACGUUAUGGCAUGAAGUGGGACUUUUGAUCUCAUUCAGCCCCUUUGUGAUGGUAUUGGUUGCCUUUGUUUUGUUUGUCCUUUGGAAUGGGAGUAUUGUUCUUGGUAGCAAAGAAGCUCAUGCAGUUACCCCGCAUUUUGCUCAGAUACUUUAUUUCAGUUUGGUUUCUGUAAUGGCUCUGGCUCCUAUGAAUUUCACUGUCACCCAUGCUACAGACCAGUUCCAGCACUUUAGGAAAAAUAUGACCUUUGGUUUCUUUCUGGGGUUCAUGGCUCUGACCGCGGGCUUUGUCUCUGUACACUUUUUCAGUGUUGCUCAUCCAUACCUUCUCGCUGACAACCGGCACUACCCUUUCUAUAUCUGGAGGAAGAUCAUCAUGGCUCACUGGUCAAUCAAAUACCUUAUGGUUCCACUUUAUAUAUGGUCAUGGCUUUCCAUUAUCCGUACCUUGGGGAAAUUUCAAAAUAAAAUCUGGGUUUUGGCAUACUUUCUGGCUACUGCUGCUGUUCUCGUUCCAGCGCCUCUUAUAGAGUUUAGAUACUACACCAUACCAUUCUUCUUCUUGGUGCUUCACAGUAAUGGUGAUAAAAGUGGACGUUGGUAUCUCACAGGGAUGUUAUACAUUUGUGUAAAUGUUUUCACAAUGAUGAUGUUUUUGUUUAGGCCAUUCAGUUGGGAUCAUGCUGGAAUCCAAAGGUUUAUAUGGUAAGUUAAUUCACAGGAAAAAGAAGAGAGUUUUCAUGCGCUUAAGGGAUUUUAUUUGAUUGGAAAACAAUUCAGUUUGUUUUGUUGUCCUUUCUUUUCUCUUCAAGUUCUCUUGUAAUCAUGUAAAUCUUAAUUAAGCAGGAAUGACGUACCUGAG